AUGAACCACCGAGCUCCGGUGUCGGAGCGCACGGUGACCACCUCAAAAAACAAACGCAAGCAUCCUUUUCAUAACGAACAACAAUACCGUCGCAGAAAGAGGAAUAAGUCAGUCUCCAAAACCGAAAAAACCCUAACUCUUAAACCUCAUAUCUCAAAUCAAAACUCACUCCCCAUAUCAAACAGAUUCCAAUCAAUUCAGCACAACAAAAAACAUAAUUGCAGAAGUAAUUCCAGUAAUUUUGAAUUUGACCGCAAGUGGACCUUCUCUUCGCAUGAUUCCUCUACUUAUGAAGAUAGAGUUGUUUUUGUUUCGUAUAACAUAUUAGGUGUUGAAAAUGCAUUAAAGCAUCCAGAUUUGCAGGAGGUUGAUCGUUUUGAUGAUUUAGAUUAUCGUCUACGGCAGGAUGGGUUUCGAGGUGUAUACAAGGCUCGUACAGGCGAAGCAUGUGAUGGAUGUGCCGUAUUUUGGAAAGAUAAAUUAUUCACCCUUUUGCAUGAAGAACACAUAGAGUUCCAGAGUUUUGGCCUUCGAAAUAAUGUUGCUCAAUUUUGUGUUUUAAAGUGGAAACAUCAUCAUGAUCUUGCACCUUGGUAUGCUGCUGUUUACAUAAAGAGGCUGAGAUUUGGCUCCCUUUUUAAGUUAAUGAUUCGAAUAUUUCUUGAGAAAGCAUACAAACUAUCACAAGAAUGGGGCAGCAUACCUGUUAUAAUUGGUGGGGAUCUAAAUAGCUUGCCACAGAGUGCUAUUUAUCAGUUCCUUAAUUCAUCUGAGUUGGACCUCCUACUACAUGACCGCAGAAAUAUUUCUGGGCAGCUUGAGCAUCCACCAAAGCAGAACGACUUCAGAUCCUGGGAUGAGAGUGUGGCUAGGGGAGCCGUGGCUCGAGAGACAACAGAGGAGAACCCUUGGCAACAUCCUACCACUCCAAGUUUAUGGGAACUGCACUCAACGGGACUUGUUCCCGUGAGAGUUCUUGAAACUUUACCUAUUAAUAUUUUGAGAAGAAGUGCAGGGCUUCCCAAUGAGAACAGUGAUCGAGCAAUUCCAUCUUACAGUAACAGCACGGAAGAAAAGUCAUAG